GUUAGUUCCACCAGAUUUGAUACCAGCAUCACAUAUACGCCAUGUUUAAGGAAAUACUUACCAUCGCCGUAACUCUCGCGUUAGCCGCUGCUACGAAUCCCCUAUUGUACUCCAACGUGCAGCAGCACCCGGGCCCCGGCCUCCUGGCGCACCCGGUGCCGGUGGUGCAACCCGCAGUACUGGCCCAGCCGGCGGUAGCCACCGUCAACGUGCCGGUAGUGCAACAGCGCGUGGAGCCCUACGACCCGAAUCCCCAGUACAGCUACGCCUACGCCGUGAACGAUGCUCAUACGGGGGAUUCUAAGAGCCAGCACGAGACGAGAUCGGGCGAUGUGGUGAGAGGCCAGUACAGCUUGACCGAUCCGGAUGGUUCCAGAAGGACUGUAGAUUACGCUUCCGAUCCGCAUACUGGGUUCAAUGCCGUAGUGCACAGAACUGCGCCGGUUCGAGUCCACUAAAUCUGAUGGUUUUUAUGAUGAUUGGCUGCUGUUCCUCCAGCACGUAACAAGAUGAUUUGGUCUUUUUUUGUACUCUUUUUUUCUUUAAUUUUAUUUUAAGUUCGACGUACUUAUUACUUUGAAUAAACGUUUAGUAUGUA